UGCUUUCUCCAUCUUUCCCGAGGCAGCUGACAGAAUGGCCAUCUCUGGCACAGAGGACAAUCCUCUUGCUUCAAUCAGUGGUGUGCAUAUUGGUUCAGGUGAUGAAUGCUUCUCCAAUGCUCGAAGAUGUCUUCAACCUUCAUGGAUAACCUGAUUGGAAGCUAUAAAGAUGCCGAUAUUGUGCGCUACAUUACAGAUUCGCCUCGCCUGUCAUCUUGUUCUUCGGUAUCUUUAUUAUCCGCCAACCUUGUCUCUAAGGAGUGCCAACCUGGUUUGAUUGAAGAUACGCUCCAGGCUAUGGAAGUAGCCCGUCAGCUUGGCAUACGCGUCCCUAGUGUCAAGAGGGUUGUCUAUUUCGAGGGCAUGGUGUAUCUGAUUAUGGAGCGUGUUGAUGGAGUCAGCCUGGAGAAAGCAUGGAACAAGCUAGGCUGGAUCAAGUCACUAAGACUGGCCCUGGAGCUUCGUGGAUAUAUUCGCUCCUUACGAUCGAUGAUCUCGUCAACCGCAGGGUCUCUAAAGACCGGCGAAUGUAGGUCAUUCUGGCUCGAUGACCUCUAUCGAUUACCACUACGGUCCAGCUCAGCAAACCUGACAUCGUUCCUUUCGUUUUGGGUCAACCUUUCCAAUCCGCGGGCCGCUAUAAAAGUCACUGAAGACCAGCUUCUGGCUACAUCCUUAAAGAAUUAUAUACCUUCGACAGCGGAACCAUUCGUCUUCACUCAUCAUGAUCUCGCACCUCGAAACAUUCUCCUUGACAAAUCCGGGCAUCUUUGGUUGAUGGACUGGGACAUAGCGGGCUGGUAUCCUUGCUUUUUUGAGUAUGCAGCGAUGCAUAACUUCAUCCCUGAAGGCUGGACCAGGCUUGCGCGGAUGCGGUGGAACCUGCUUACUUGGAUCGCAGCUGGGCGUUGGGAGAGGGAAAGGCGCGUGCUGGAACAGAUCAGAUCCAAAUUCACUCGCUUCCGUGCUGGCCGUCGUUUUUAUUUGUUAAAGCACAGAGGAAUUACUCGCCAGCUCUUUUUACUCUUGACACCAACCUCUCUCGUUUUAACUCGCCAUCAUGGUCUAUAAAAUGAUGAUAUAUGUGGAUGGAGCAUGUCGACGAAAUGGCUCUGACAACGCAAUUGGUGCCGCUGCCGCCGUUCAUAAAAAGCGCCAUGGAACAAAGCCUCAUUGUUGGGCCCGGCGGCUUGAAGCAUAUGAGAGUCCCACAAACCAGCGAGCCGAGAUCAUUGCCAUUAUUCUGGGCCUAGAGAUGGCACUGGACAAACACCAACAACUGCGCUCGAACCCGGUGCUUGACAUUACAAUCCAUUCGGACUCGAGAUAUGCUGUCAACUGCAUGAACAUUUGGGUUGAAAAGUGGAUCCAAAAUAAUUGGAUCAAUGCUGAGGGAAACGAAGUGGCCAAUCGGGAUUUGAUUGAGGAGGCCUCAGAUCUUGACGACAAGCUCCAGGACCUAGGAGAUGUUACAUACACCUGGAUUCCGCGAUCGCGAAAUACGGAUGCUGACCGUCACUGCAAUGAGGUAUUGGACGACAUGGAGAAAGCCAAAGAUUACCAGUGAGCAGGGUAUGGUGGCGAAAUAGUGAACAAGAAGCAGUGGUUGAGGAGCGCUUUGACAAGGCGCUUCUCGAAGCUUACAACAUGCCUGUGUCAACUCGUCCGACCCUGAACGACACCACCAGGAUACAAUGGGUACGAUAGUUAAGACGAAGAACAUGUAUAUGACGGCAGUCUUUCUCAAGGAGCACUUGCAGUUCUUCAUAUAUACAUCCCUUUCGAUAUUAUUGCAUGAAUAAUCGCCAACAUCAUGCUAUGUAUCUUCCAUCUCUACCAUAGCUGAUACCGUGGGAAUGAAUGCUCCUUUUCACCGUG